CUCUGUUCACUUUCCUUCUUAACAAAGGAACAAAGUUAUUGCUGUUGAAUUUCCAGAAUAUGUGUAUAAAAAAGGUGGAGCAACUUGCAAAAAUUAAACAAAAGCAGGAUGAAAACAAAGCAACAGCAGGGUUGCAUUCUUUGAAGUUUGUAUUGAGAUCUGUCUGCGGCAUUCUUUAAUUUAUAAAUCUUUUCUGAUUCUUGCUGAUUGUUUUCUAUAAAUUUGGUUCACCGCCAUCAGCAAGAUCAAUGAUUGUGCCAUUCCAAUCUCCGAUAAAAAUGAAAGGAUGAAAUCCCUCUGGUCUCAGAAUUUGUCUGGAAAGGUAAAGUCAUGGGAUGUUAAGGAGCACAUAGCAGUGUUAUACCCAGACGUUGUGGUAUGCGUUGAGGUCUACCAUAACAUACGAAAAUGGUCAAAGAUCCAAGAGUUCUUGGUCCUAGGCCACCAAACCUUGUCUGAACCCAAGAAUAAGAUGUAUUGCUUGACAGACCAGUUGAUGCUGAAGGCUGGCCUGCAUGAUCCUUCUGGUUAUUUCCUUAUCGAAGUAAGAAACCCUGUUCAUUUGCUUCAUUCCUGUGGUGAAACAUUUUUGUUAUUAUAGUGUCUAAUUGACUGCUCUAUUUCUGUAGGAUAUGUUUUUGAAUGAUUGAAAGAUCCCUCUGCUAUAGAUUAUAUAGUAAACCUAUAUUUAAUUGCUUAAAAACUCCAAGGAUGAUGCUCUUAAAAAAUGGGAAAGGAUCAUUACUGGUGAGCUGGAACAAAAGCAUAAAGCAAUUUUAGGCAAUGUAACACCUUCAAGAUUGCCCCACUUCAAAGCUGUUGACAUGCACAAAACACGGUUUUGUGACUUGAGGCUUCCACUCGGUGCUGGAUAUCUAUAUUGUCACCGGGUAUAGCUUUUUAUGCUUCCUCAUUUUACAGUAACUUCAAAAGUAGAGUUAUCCAUCUUAUCAGUUUGUUUUUUCUGAGAAUCAUGAAUUUCUAUCUGGUAUGAGAUGAUGAUAAUGCUGUAUGAUGUAUGUUGGUGACUGCAAAUAUACAAUCGUGAUUAGGGACAUGAGGUUGAUUCAACCAGAGGAUGUACAAAAAAUGGAGCAGCUUAUCCAAUAAUCAUCUUUCAACUAAAACCGCGUGCUGAGAAAUGCAAUAGAUGUAAGAUUAACAGAGGUACAAAAGUAACUGCAGAUGAAAAGUGGGCGAGGGAGAGUCCUUGUUAUUUCUGUGAUUAUUGCUAUUCCCUUCUUCACUCCAAUGAUGAUGAGUGUCAUCUAUAUGGCGAAUUUUCUGUAUAUCAUUAUGUACAUGAU